AUGUGGUUUCUGUGGGAUCGGCCACAAAGCCCACUCCGUUUUCUGGCACUGUGUGUACUGGCAUACAGCACUCCAUCGGCCGACCUUCAUGUUUGGCAUCGCAUCGCCUUCAGCCCAAGCAAACUGUUGCUGACCUUCUCCGCCGAAGUGGAAGCAGGGUCAACUUCACAUCGGCUAGAGCUGCAGCUGCAUGCGCUGCAGCUGCGCCUCCUCUCUCCGCCACUCUGCUCGCUGGUGGCGGCCUCAACCUCCUUCACUAGCUGUUCGCUGACGGACGCGCGAUCACUCGCUCUAGAUCUUGCAGAAGCGCCGUCAAAUGCCACAAACUGGAUCGAGCUUGAAGCAGAGAAUUUGGCUCCAGCAGCCAUUCGCAGCUGCGAAGGCCGCGCUGCUCUAGGCGGCAGAUUUUUCGUCAAGGUCGGCGGAAGCCUGAAUGAAUCUACUUCUAGUGCAGACAGCCUGGAUACGGAUGUUGACAAAUGUUGCCGCCAGGACUUCGGCACUUGCCAUACCUUCGCAACGUUGGAAGAAUGCGAGAUGGAGAAGUGGGCAGUUGAGUGCUACAGCUGCGAGGUAAACAGUGAUCCCUUGGGGUGUCCAGCCUUUUCAUCUGAAGUGGACGGCUACUUCAUCCACUCGGAUGAGACGGCUUGCGCCAGCGCCGCCAGCGCGCCGAUCUCCAGCUCCACUGCAUCCUCUGUCUCCGACUGUGCAGCGCUCUGCAGGGCGACCACUGGGUGCCAGGGCUUCAGCCUCUCUGCCGGGACGUGCUCGCUGGUUUCGACGUGCUGUCCAGGUGAUGCAGUGCCACAGAGCGACAGCUUCAGCUUUGCUGCCGCGGAUUGUGGACAGAAUGCCUGGCAGUUUUCGUUGAUGCUUCGCUGGCAAACGCCAGAAGGCACAGCUACCGUUUACGACUAUGGCACCAAGGAUUCCUCCGGACCAGGACGGCUUCCUCUGCUACCACGGAGUUUUGCAGGGCAGCGGGGAUUCGUCAGUACCUUCACCGCUGCAAUCACUCCGGACGUGGGUCUGACACCGACAGGCUCCUCUGUUACGCUCGAGCUCAGCUUUCAGUCGCCGGCCGGAUUUGGAGUUGGAGAUGUCCUGACUUUCGCUCCAAUCCCCUUGUCACCUUUCGAUCUGGACGUGCUCGCAGACACCUCGAUAGUAGAAGUCGGUGCGUCUGCACGCCUGAUCUACACGGACCUUCCCGGCAGCAUGGACUGCGUCUGGUUCCGCGUGGGAGGCUUCCGAGUGAACAGUGUGAAAUGCACUGCCGGAGCAGACUUUUCGAUUUCACCUGGGCAACAGACCUUCAGUCUCCGCCUUGACCUCCCGAUGCCCAUGUAUGGACUCUCGGCUGACUGGGCACUGGCACUGGAAGCAUCCGCCGCAGGCCGAGGCAGCGUGUCUUUCGCCCUGGACGUGCUGGCUCUGACUCCUCCGGCCAGACUGCAACAACUACGCUCCGCGGUGCAGGCAGCUGGGACACGGACGACUGUGGAGCUGGCCGUUCAGCUCGGUCUUUGGGCUGGGCAGGUGGAUGUAUUCAUCACAGCUCCAUCUCUGGCACUUCGCGACGUGACGAGCUGCACCGCAGCCCCUGGCAGCGCCCUGCUGGCUGUGGAGGUGGCUGUGUGGGAUGGGAUCGGAUGCCGACUUAGCCAGGUAAGCAAUCCACAUCCCGUGGCAGAGAUACGUCUCAGACUGGAUGCCGAGAAUCGUGGAACGGUUGCAGGAACGCGGGAUGUGCUGACCAUGAUGAUCAACUGGGCUUCGCGGACACACUUCGCUGCCGCCAGAGAAGCGUAUUCCAUAGUUCCGGAGUUUGGCGGAGAGCUCCCGAACCCUGCUGCCGGCGCUGUGCUGGCUUUCGCUGUCCGUGGUACUGUCAGCCCUUUGACUGUGCAUUUCCCAACCGCCGUGGAAACGGCGUACUACGCUACAUGUGGCGCAGACAUGCACCUGCAGCUCUCCCUCAUGAGGCUCCUUGCACUGCGAAGCAGGAAUGUUCAGAGCGGCAGUCAGGAGUUGGCUACCACGCAGCCACGGCCUGUAAUGUGGGCCUGUGUUCUGCGGGUCUUGCCAGCUGUGUUGGGGCGGCUGGACGAGCAGUCGGGCAAGCCAACCACCGCAGCCCACCGCCGCGUCCACGUGGUCGGGGGCGCGGUCGCGCACGGCACUGAGGUGCUGCUGGAGGUCCACGGCAGCACAGAGUUCCCAGCUCCGACCUCUUGCUCCUGGGAUUCGAUGACACAAAAAGGCGAUGCCAUCAACAUUGCUUUUGGGAACUCUGUGGGUCUGCCCACCCUGGAGACCGGACAGUGGUAUGCGUUCGUACUCCUCGCGGAAGUUCUGGGGGUUGAGGCCGACAGCAGUGCUGCACUGGGCUUGACUCUUCGCUGUGGCAAUGAAGCUUUGGAGUCGUCUCCGCUGGAUCUCCGCGAGCCGGCCGGGGCAUUGCAGUUGCGGGCUCUCGGCAGCGCAGCCGUCUUGGAGGUGACCUCUGGCAGCACAACGCAGAUGACCCUGAAAGGACUUGCAUCUGGUGCUGCCCAGAAGCUACGCUUCGUGUUCCUUCCAAGCUUCGGCUCACGAGCUUGGAGCGCGGAAGGGUCCCCUGCAGUAGCAUCUGUACAAUAUUGGACCAAUGUGGAUGCAACGGGGCAAUCAGCAGGCAGCCAAAGCAUCUCAGGUGUUGGCCUUACUUUCAUUGCGACUUCUGGCCUGCCUGCAACAAUAUUGGAUCUCCAGAUGCCAGGCAGCUGGACUUCGAUGCGCAGUUUGCGCGUGAGCCUGACGCUUGCGGAUGCACCACUCUCCCAAGGCCUUGCCACAGGUUUCGCCGCACAUUCGUACGUUUGGGCAGAGCUGCGCCGGUCAGCGAAUUCGGCGACUUCGCUGCAGCUGUUCUUCCGGGCUCUAGAUGUCGCCAAAUUGCAGCCGGGGGCACAGUUCUGCCAGUCAGGGCGAGCAUCGAACCGGAAAGAAUCCCUGCUCAUUCCCGUGCCAGAUAUGAGUGUUAAGGUAUGGAAGUCCGCCUCCUUCGGCUCGCCGCCCAGCGAGCUCCGAGGCUUCCAGAUCGUGCCUAGGCCUUCCUCGUUAAUGGGGGGCGCCAGUCAAGGCCCACCGGACUGUACCGGCUUUCAACUCGAGCUUCUUCUCCGCUUGGGCUUCGUGGCUCGCGGGGUCUCCUUACAGGUCACGCCGCCAGCUGGAUUUCUCAUCACAGGCCAUGGACCUACACCCUCAGGUCAGGAGAGACACGCCCUUACCUGUACUUGCUUCAGGAACUCCUUCCAGUGGUGCGGUGACAUUGACAGUGCCGGGUACUACGGUUCUUUGGCAGGCACGGAUACCGAUGCUGCCCGCACCGUGGAGCAAGCCUCAGUCCGCCUUGAUGCUUUGGAUGCAGCGAGGAAUGUGCAGCUGCAAUUGAGCGCGAGCUUCCCGGAUGCAUCAAUGCCGGUCACGGUCCAGAAGGAGAUUUCCAGUGACGACGGAGCCUUCCCGGUUGUGAUGGCCCUUCAGCACUGCUCGCCCGUUGGCACCUUCGUCGAUGUUGCUGGGCCGGAGUCCAAUCUAAAUUCAAAUCAUACUGGCCCUGCAGCAGUCGAAGCAUGUGUGGAUGAUUCAGGUCUUGAUGUAUCGAGCCCCAGUCAGCCCUUGGCACUGCGACUUCUCGCGCUCGAGACCAAGGGGAUUAAGGGGAUCGAGGCAGGCCUCGUUGCCGAUGAUAGGCCAGCGGCUUUCCGGUUCUCGGACGUGCAGUUUCAGCAAGGCCUAGCACCAGCCAUGGAUGGAGGUACUGCUCCCGACAGAAGUGCGCUGCGUGCUGCCGCCCCUGCUGUCACCGUGUCGGCAAGUACGUUGCUGCUGCAGCUGGCGCAAAAGUCUAACGGCACUGUCGGAAAGUUUUUGCUCCCGAGCAUCGCAAUGGAUCGCUCUGGCAAAGAGCCGCUGGUGGUUAGGUUGGGCUUCGCCUUCAAUUCUGGUGCCUAUGGCUUCCAGGUAAUGGUGUCGAAUCCUUCUGAGACCGAGCCUCUGCUUACCAGCCAGGUUGGGCAGGAAGCCAAGAGGCUCUAUGCUGCCAUGCUGUUCCGAUGCAACGGCGUUGCGCCCGAUGCUAAGGCACUUCGCAUGGAAAGCAGCGAUGCAGAGCCCUUGCUUUCCAUCUGCGAGGACAUUCCCCGAAGCCCAUCUGACAUCAUGCGGCCCUUUCCUCUGUACCACCUGGAGAUGGAGCAACGAAUCUUUUCGGUGGUUUUUGCAGGUGCUGCCGGCGCUGGCCAGUCAGUAGCCGUGGUUGCAGUCUUCCAGGUGUCCGCAGUGCGGGGUGACCUAGGUUGGUCGGAUUCUGAGUACAAGUUUAGGGUCGUAUUGCCUUUGGAGCUGUUUUCGCAGAAGGCGAAGGUCUCACCCAUUUCCUUUGAGGUCAUCAUUCCUGCUGCGGGGCACAACGCACAACUUGUACCGCCCUUUGUUUCAGUGCUCGCUGGAAACCCGGCUGCCUUGCGAAUGCCUCAGUCCCUUCAACUUGCAGAUGCUCUGCAGGGUGGCCGUGUCUACGGUUUGCAGGGUAUUGCCAGCUCUGCUUUCUGGAAGAAUGUUCGUGUGAUCUUCCCACAGACUAUUUCCAGACUGAAGCUGGGGAGGUCGGCCGAGCUCAGCGGCACAGCCGAGGCUGAGUUGGUGUCGGCCACCAAUUACGAGGCGGUUAUCGGCAGCUUCAGCAACAUGCGAGUCCCAGCAGUUUCGGACUGUGCUGUCUUGCCUUUCUCCCUGCAAGCUGGGCAAACACCUCUGCUUGUGAGCUUCACACGUGCUUCGAGUCUUAAUCCUGGAGACUAUCUACAAAUCCUCUUGCCGCCCAGCAUACAUGGCGAGGAGCCUUGUCGAAGCUUCUUGGAUGGUGCGGUGCCGUUCUAUCCAGAGCUGAGCUUGUUCGGGCAUGUUUACCCAGUGUUCGUGCCUUUGCCCGAGAACACAACCUGCGAGUGGACCACAUCAGGGCAGCAGGUGGACCUGGGCGGAUCCCUGUUCCCUGAUGACAGCAUGAACGUUGCGACUCGACGUGCGAAGGCACAAGCGCAGAACACUUGGGAAAUUGGCCGAGAGCUCAGCAUCGCAUUGAACUUGCACUUCUCAUGGAUGGCUCGUACCGUUUUGGAUACCAGCUGCUCCUUGACUGCCCCGUUCGCGCUGAUCGAUGCGCAGGUGGAUAUGGUCGCAGCUUCAGCUUUGCAGGCACAGUGGACAUCAGACACUUCCAAGUCCACCCUCUUUGUGGGCUUUGAACUUGCAAGACAGGUAGCGAGGACUUGUCCACGGAUGACUUUCCCACCUUCCCUCGCUGACAUCGCGCCAUUUGCAGUGCAGAUUCUCUACAGUGAGUGGCAGUGCAACGACGUUAUGCUCCGGCAGCUGUGCUUCUGCGGGCGCCUUUCGGCCUCCGACCGGCAGGGGCCCGUUGCUCCUCAGGGCUGCGACUCCAGGCUCCCGGUGGAUACUCGCCUCUUCCAGUGGGCCGGGUACUCAGGCAACCGUAUCGUAACCUGCCUGGCCGGUGGCGGAGACGGGCAGCUCCUUUGCUGGAAGGCCUUCGCCUCAGAUUCCCUGUGGCAGAUCGUGGCAGGCUUCAUUAGGAGGUAUGCUUUUGGAAUUGAGCUUUACAUCCCUGCUGGCCUCCUUUAUCAGAACAGCUGGUUUCUUGCAGUUGGCAACCAGGUGGCAGCUUUCGAAGGAGCCGACCUCAUGCGCGUGGAAGCGGCUGAGGUGCAGGCAUCGUUUCCAGGCGACUUGGGAAUGCAGACGAUCAGGCCAUUGCCCUACAACGAUGUGCAGGUGCGAUUAACCUUCGGUGCCAACGUGUCCGUCGAGUGCUCAGCGUUGCUGCACAGCUCAGAUGCCACGAUGGUUGCCUCGUGGUCAGCCAAGGCUGCAGCAUCCAUGCUGAUUGCAAUCCCACCGAUCUUCGUCGUCAUGUUGGCCAGUGAGCCGUCAGGAGUCUGCCCCUCUGAUUUGCAUAAGACCAUCUACGAAACUCCAGCAACACUAGACGGCGACGGCAAAGAGCACGGCAUUCACAACCCUGACCUUCCAAGGGCAUGGCGCAGAUGCCGGCCGAUGAUGAAGACCUUGCAGGCCCCAUGCGAGUUGCGUCCAGGCUCUUCGCGAGAAGCCGCUGCUGAUGUAGAAGCCGCUGAGAAGGCGAAGGUCCCGUCGGGAAAUGCGGAGGUCCCGGCACCGGCGGAUGACGUCGCAGGUGCUUCGCGAGAAGCUGCUGAUGCAGGGCCAUCCGAGAAGGAGGAGAAGCUUCAGUCAAAGUCAGAAGACAAGCAACGGGAAAUAGCUCGCCCUGUCCAAAGCUUGACAGGAGUUGAGGCUGUCAGCGACGAGAACGGUGCAGCUGCAAGACGGCCACCGCAAGCAACAAACCCUGGUCCAUGCGUUGGCAAGGUCGCAGUGUCAGCGCCCGAGGCAGAAGACCAUGGGUCCAGCCGGCCCAUGCUUUCGACAGGCACCGAUUCGUCGCCCCAAGAGCCACUGCUAGAGGCAGAAGCGCCACACUCUAGCUCAGCACCGGAAGAUGUACUGGUGGUGAUCACUCGGGAAGAGGUGGCAGAGGCCGUGGAGGACAUGCGCCGGUAUGGCGCGUCUCUGGUACGGCCGGUCGCUGAAGCCGUGGAGGCCACACGCGCUCAUGGCGCUGUGGCUCUGGAGAGAGGCGCAGAAGCUGCAAGCGAGGCGCGCCGCCAAGGCACUGCAGCUCUGCAAUCCAGCGUGGAGACAGCAGAGGCGCUUCGAAAAGCAGGUGUCCAAGCAGCGCAGACAAGCGCCGAGAUGAUCCAGCAGGGCACAGAGGUGGCACGUGCGAAUUGGCAACAUGGCGCGGAGGCUUGUCAACGUGGGCUGCACGAGGCUUCAGCGGCAUGGAGAAAGGCCGCGCCUUACGUUGACAAGGCCAUUUUGCUGGUCAACGUCGCUUGUGCGCUUACUAUCGCAGGCUUCCUGACGCUGGGAAUCAUGCUGUUCUGCAAGCCUCUGAAGCCCUCGCGGAUGCACCAUGGAGCCUUCGACCGCAUGUUUUGGGUCACGCAGGGCCUGUACCUCGUGGCUUUCAGCAUUCCUGCCCUUGUGGCCACGGUGCAGUGCGGCAUCCUGCGAAAUGGAUUCGAAAGUUGGCCGACAUGGCUAAACGUUGAGCUCUGGCUCGGCGUCCUGAAGUUCCAAGUGGGCAGAGCCGUGUUCUUCAUCGGUGCGGGCUUCUAUGUCUUUCCCUUGAUGGCAAACUUCGGACUGGCGGCCGAUGUGGAGCUAUGGACAGUCAUCUUGUCCUACUUCCUAGGCAUCCUUUCCUUGCUUUCAGGGAGCUUCUUGCUUAUCUUCGAAGGACUGCUGUCCGUGUACAUACGCCAGGCUCUGUACGACAGGGUACCGCAGGCAGCUCCAUGA